AUGGCACCCGCCAACUCGUCGCAAUACGAACAAGUACUGAAACUCCCAGCAGCCAAGAAGGAGACUCGGCCGUUCAUACGAGCGCGUCGCGCUUUCGCGGUCGACGGUCUCGGAGGAGGAUUCAACUUUGAAGUCGAUGACGACGGCGACACACCUUCUCAACCAGCUGGAGCCGUAGCGAGCGAGGACUUCGCUCCUACGAGUCAAGCUGAGGACCCCGCGUUGGAAGCUCAAGUGGCCACGGUGCAUAACCAGAAGACCGCGUCAGGACGCCCGCGCGGCGCUGGAAGGAAGCCUCCUAGGGCUGGUCCUCGAUUUCCAAGGAAUGACUCUGUCAAAAGCAAGCGCCCGCCGCCCGGCGACUGCAGGGUCUGCGGCAGCCCUUUCCACUGGGAUCGAGACUGUCCGCACUGGAACGAAUACGACAUAGGACGACAAGCUCUGUUCAUCGGCGCGGAGCACGAUUGCGACGCAGAAGAAAAUGAAGAGUACAACCAGGCUUUCGUCGCGUAUAUUUGUAGUAACCUUAACAAUGCAAGACUUUCUAGCGCUUUGUGGGCGGACAUUCGCCGUUCUGAAGGCGAGUACUUGAAGGCCACCGUCAGCCAGCGCCGCCGUACGUAUGCCGUGGUUGUCGAGGACGAACCCGAGCCGUCCACCCUCCCUUCUGACUCUCUUCCGCCUAACCACCCUUUCAUCAUGGAGGAUGCUCGUCCUGAACGGGCUGCGGAAGAAAGAUUAGAAGGCAUGUUAGCGGAAGCACUGGCCGUGGACGGUUCUACCCACCAUCUACCCGAGCGCAGAGCCUUCGCUAGUACUAAGUCUACAGCGAGCGAAUCAUUCGCUCCUGUAGACCCUACAGCGAGCGAACCAUUCGCUCCUGUAGACGCUACAGCGCGCGAACCAUUCGCUCCUGUAAAUGCGUCGGGUCUACCUCCUCCCGAGUCCAAAGUAGUAAUGAUACCGCGCAUACGUGAUCCUCCGGCUGGUCAUUCUACUGUGGGGGUAGCGGCUCUAUCCUUCCAGUUGCGGUUCGGGAGCCUGUCUCAUCCCUUAGUGACCUGCCGAGCCGAUUCGGGAGCGGACAUCUCGCUGAUCUCGCAGGAGUACCUCGAGACGCUCCCUUCUGCUUCUCGACCUAAAAUCCGGCAGGGUCUACGCAUGAAUCUCUUCCAACUCACGGGGGGAUUCCGGAUCACAGGUUACGUCCAAACCCAAGUGUACGUGGAAACCGAACAGGGCCACGUUCUCAAGAUGGUCGCCGAGUGCUACGUCGUUCCCGGCAUGUCCGCGCCCCUUCUUCUCGGCGAGGAUUUUCAUGUCAACUACGAGCUGAGCGUCACCCGAAGCCUCGCUGAAGGGUCCGCCAUCAAGGUCAGCGAUACGGGGUAUUCCAUCCCGGCGUCCUCGGCUGUGCGACACGAGCGACCACGACUCAAGAGGGACAGACCCACCGCGGUUGCACAACAGGACGUGCGGAUUUCUCCGCACUCCUGUUGUUCCGUCCCGAUCCAAGUGGAUUUCAGUAGCCAUAAAUCUUGGUUCAUCGAGAAGACUGUUCUCGGCCAACCCGACGGCUCGUUCCUACUGACCACUCCGACUAUCAUCGACGCGGAACAUGCCUGCAUCCCGGUCACGAACCCUACGGACAGGCCAUACAUAGUCCGACGGGGUGAAUCGCUUGGGCUCCUCCACGACCCCGAUUCGUACUUCUCGCCCAGUAGUACCGAA